UUGGUCUGUUGCUGUCGUCUUUCUGAUGUCAACUCCCCUCAGUCCGUAGAAAAAAACCCACAUUUGCUCAGUAUUUGUCUUUUUAUCCUUCGUCACAUUGUUGACUUUGCUCAUGAAAGAGGCAGCAUGGUGUUAAGAGUGAGUGUCCAGGGGGCCUGGAGGGCCGCCAAGCCGCUGUGGCUGGUGCUGCUGGUGAGCCUGUGUGUGUUCAUCAGUGUGUGCCGAGCAGCAUCUCCUCUGCAGGACGACAGUGCCAUGGAGAACACGAAUACAGAGAAGCAGGCUGAGGAGAGCCACCGGCAGGACAGCGCAGACCUGCUGAUCUUCAUCAUGCUCCUCACCCUCACCAUCCUAACCAUCUGGCUGUUCAAACAUCGGCGCUUCAGAUUCCUGCACGAAACCGGGCUGGCGAUGAUUUACGGCUUAAUUGUUGGUGUGAUCUUGCGGUACGGCAUUCAUGUUCCUCGGGACGUCAGCAACGUUGGAAUGAGUUGUUUUGUCAACUCCAGCCCCCCCACUCUACUGUUCAAUAUCAGCGGCAAAUACUACGAGUACACGCUGAAAGGGGAGAUCAGUGCCAAGGAGGUGAACAACGUGCAGGAUAACGAGAUGCUGCGCAAGGUUACCUUUGACCCUGAAGUGUUCUUCAAUAUCCUGCUGCCGCCCAUCAUCUUUCAUGCUGGCUACAGCUUGAAACGGAGGCAUUUCUUCCGUAACAUGGGCUCCAUCUUGGCUUAUGCCUUUAUGGGGACAGUUGUUUCCUGCUUUGUUAUCGGCCUGCUGAUGUAUGGCUGUGUGACGCUGAUGAAGCACGUGGGACAGCUACAUGAAGACUUCUUCUUCACUGAUUGUUUGUUCUUCGGAGCCAUUGUCUCCGCCACCGACCCAGUGACAGUCCUGGCCAUCUUCAAUGAGCUGCAGGUCGACGUGGAUCUGUAUGCCUUACUGUUUGGAGAGAGCGUGCUCAACGACGCCGUGGCUUUGGUUCUGUCUUCGUCCAUCGUGGCGUACCAGCCACAAGGAGACAACAGCCACACCUUUGAGGGCACGGCGAUGCUCAAGUCGCUUGGGAUGUUCCUUGGAGUUUUCAGCGGCUCCUUCGCUCUGGGAGUGGCCACCGGACUCGUCACCGCUCUCGUGACCAAGUUCACCAAGCUGAGGGAUUUCCAGCUGUUGGAGACCGCCCUCUUCUUCCUCAUGUCCUGGAGCACGUUUCUGCUGGCUGAAGCUUGUGGCUUCACAGGUGUGGUGUCGGUGCUCUUCUGUGGAAUCACUCAGGCUCACUACACCUUCAACAACCUGUCUCCGGAGUCACAGGACAGGACUAAGCAGUUGUUUGAACUGUUGAACUUCCUGGCGGAGAACUUCAUUUUCUCCUACAUGGGUCUGACCCUGUUCACCUUCCAGAACCACGUCUUCAAUCCAAUGUUCAUCGUUGGAGCUUUCCUGGCGGUGUUUGUGGGAAGAGCUGCUAACAUUUACCCUCUCUCAUUCCUUCUAAAUCUGGGACGGCGCAACAAGAUCAGAUCCAACUUCCAGCACAUGAUGAUGUUUGCAGGCCUACGAGGCGCCAUGACCUUUGCCUUGUCCAUCAGAGACACGGCCACAUACGCCCGUCAGAUGAUGUUUUCCACCACUCUUCUCGUGGUCUUCUUCACUGUGUGGAUUUGUGGUGGUGGUACCACACAGAUGCUGUCCUGCCAGCACAUACGAGUGGGAGUUGACUCUGAUCAAGAUAACUCUAUGAGCAUCACUGACGGAUCAGAGAGAAGAAGCACGAAGCAGGAAAGUGCCUGGCUUUUCAGAAUCUGGUACAACUUCGACCACAAUUACAUGAAGCCCAUCCUGACUCACAGCGGCCCCCCUCUCACCGCCACGCUGCCAGCCUGCUGCGGCCCCCUCGCUCGCCUCCUCACCAGCCCUCAAGCCUAUGAGAACGAAUGCCAGCUGAAGGACGACGACUCCGACCUCAUCCUGACCGACAGCGAUAUCAACCUGACCUACGGCGACAUCACGGUCAGUACAGACGCCACCGGGGCCCACACCAGCAGCGGCCGAGGCUUCGCCAACGCCGCCACCUGUGACGACUUGGACAGAGAGUUGGCGUAUGGAGAUCACGAGCUGGUGAUGAGGGGCACGCGCCUGGUGCUGCCCAUGGACGACUCGGAGCCGCCCUUCACAGACCCCCACAACCACUUGCGGAUGUGAGGACAGUGCUUCAGUUCGGGGGCCCAGACAUCCGUCCCACUCGAACCGACCCGAGCCAAUGAGCAAAAGAGCAGUACCUGACUCUCCUCCUUUCACUCCGCCAUUUUUUUGUUUUUUGCACUUCGCCUCAUUGCUCCUUUUUUCCCCUCUAGUUUGAUUUCUCACUUCUUUAGGUAAAUCAUUGUCUACCUCAUUGUCUCUCGUCUCAUUUCCCCAUUUCUCUGGCAUUCAUAUAUUACGACUGCAUUUAUUUGCAGGGGGUAUUUUUGGUACUUAGUUGACAGUUUGACAUAGUUUGGCUCAGCUUUCCGUCGGUCUCUUUACUGUAGCAUUGCACAGAGGUCUAGCAGCAUGUGUUGGUGUGUAAAUGCAAGUGCGAACCACUAGCUAAAUAGUCAAUGUACAGUAUAUCUCAAGAGUACUAUAAAUUUGUUAUGCAUGCUGAUGAUGCUUGUUUUCUUUUUGUUGUAUUUGAGAUUUAUGGCUUUUUUCUUUCUUUCUUUUGUUUGUUUUGGGUCUGACUUUGAAUGUUGCUGCCUUUUCUCUGUGCAUCAGAGGCAAGCUGACCCAGUGGACGACUUUACUGUACAUUUGGUUACAAUCAAGUGCCUGGGAAUUGUAGUUUUAAGCACGGCAAGCCAAUUACUGGAUCAGCUCUGGGAAGCACUUUUCAUCAAUUGUCCUUUUGUUAAAAAAAAAAAAAAAAAAGAAUAAAAUAGAAAACCUAAAACAAAACACCUCUGUUUAGAAGGUAGCAAAAUACCCAGCAGGUGUUUGUGCUGUUUGCGUGUUAAUCAUGUGUGACGAUGUGAUGCCACUGAUGCAGUGGGACCUGGCAGUGAAGGCUGUGGAUCUCUCAGUGACCUCAGACUGUGACAUAGAGAGAGUUUACACCUUAUUUUAGACGCUGAUGCCACUCGGGGCAGAAGGAAAGGGCUGCCGCUGCAAACACAAGAUCUAAAAGAGCUAAAGUGACAAAGUUUCGUGCCAUUUCUCUCCUGCAUUUUGACAUUUCAUGAAAACUGAAUGCACAUGACCUUAACGUGUUUUGUAUGGUUUUUGCAACAGAGCUUGAAUGCUUUAAACCGAAUCGCAUUUUUCAUACCCAUCGAGCUUUGGUGACACAUUUUCUAUCACAGUUGUUGAAUCAUAUUUUCUCAUAAAAUGAAUAUAGAGACCUGAAUUUGACACUCGAGUAAGUUAUUAUAUUAUUAUUCGUAAGUACACUUUUAAAUGAGGGAUUUUUUCUUGGCAAGUAAGAGAGAUGAUUGUCCUGGUGGCAGAAAAGGCUUUAAGUAGUUAUUAUUUUCAUUAUUUAUUAACCAGAGUAAACAGUUAAAAAACUGAAACAUUAUAAUUUUACAGUCUGGACAGAAGAACAAUGUGCAACACUAGUGAUCUGUCUGUUUUUGUUUAGUUAUUUUAAAUCAAACAUUUGUAAUUUUUUUAAAUUGAUUAGACAAGUAAACCACCUACUGUUGCAGCUUUGGGUCUCACACGAGUCUUAAAAAGAAAUCUGCAUAAAAAUGGCCCAAAUGAGUCCAUCCCUGAGAUGAGCAGGUAUUUAAACUGAUACUCAUCAUCAGAGCAGCCAGAACAGAACUGCGGUGGUCGUUUAAAUGCUGGAUUUUUCUGUGUCGUACACAACAGGGUUCAAUGAUUUAAGCAGGACUUUAAAAAGGAAAAAAAAAGAUAUAUGCUGUUUAAAAGAUUACUCAUGGUUACAUAUAGACUAUUUUAGUGCAUGUACUAGAAAAAUAGGAGGGUUUUCGAACUCUGGCUACGGAGUUCAGCAGCUGUCGAUGUGGGUUUAACAGGAAGCGUUGAUAGGAUGUCUCCGUGGCAACACUGUGAUUUGGACAGGGGCCAGGAAACAUUUAGCGACUUGGCUGAACGCAACGGGUUUGUGUUUUGGCCUCUUUGUUGAGCCAAAGAAGAAAAAGUGAGGACAUGCACGAUAGAUGCGAUAGCAGAAUAAUGGAGUCCAAAAAAGAAAAGAAAAAGAGUGACAGAGCAGACGGGAAGAGAGAGGGAAGGACACGGGAGGACGGUUGUGCCUGUGCGAGUGUGUGUUAGUGUGUCGGAUGAUGCAGAGCUGGAAGGAAGAGCAGGCGUGCAGAUAUCCUUCUUUCCCCUCAACACUUAUCUUCUGCUGUGCAGGAAAUUCUAAUUUUACUUCUUUUUUUUUCUUAAACUGUCAUUGCUUUUGGCACCACAUUAUCAAUGAUUUAUGAUUUCAACUAUUAUUUUUUUAAUUUUUUGUUUUGAAUAUUUUAUAAGAAAGGAAAGAAUGAAGUUUAAAAAAAAAAGCUGAACAAUUUGCACUCAUGGAACGAUACUAUUUUGUUGAAAUUUUGUUGUUUUAAGAUCAUGUUUGUUUUAUCUAACAGCUACUUUUAUAUUAUUUACUUGACGUUUUGGAAGGUUAUGUGGGGAAAUGUAACCAAUUCAUGAGAAGUCAAUGAAUUGUAAGUCUAACUAGAAGGUGGUGUUUUGCAUCGAGGUGGCAGUGGAGAUGUCGUUAAUCCUUUCUUACAUUGUUUCCAUCUUAUCAGGUACUUUGUAUUAUGUACGUUUGUAACAAGUUGCUGUUUGAAUGCUGUUGCCAUGGCAUCUACAGAGCAUGAGUCAUCGUCUGCUGAUGGCGGACUCUUUGUGGAGGGGGAAAAAAAAAAAAGAGUAAAAUAUAUCCAAGCAGAAGUGUUUGACACAUGAAACUAUGUGGAUUCUGCAAAAGGUAAUAUGAGUCUUGAUGUUUUACCAACUGCUCUGCUGGUUUGUUUAGUGUUUCUCUGCUCUUGAACGGUGACUUGUAAUAACCUUUGGAAACUUUGAAGUAGCUGACCAAAGAGGCCUGCUGUACUCUGUGUUUUCACACACUCCACUCUAUCUUUAUACUCCCAAAUCUCUGUGUGCGAAUGUGUGUGCGUUUUAAUGCCUGCAAGGGUAAAUGGGUGUGUAUACUUAUGUGUGUGUCUGAGAAAGAGAGACAGUGUCCUCUCUUUUAUUUGUUGCAGGUACUGACUGUUUACAUCUAUGUAGAUAUACUCUCACCUGUUCAUGUGCGUGCAACAGUCAAUAAACAGAAGCUUGUGCUUUUGAUUAAAGCCCUCGCUGUAAUGACCUA